AUGAGCUUCUUCCGUGUCACCCUUCUCCGUUCCGCUAUCGGUCUUCCUCGUCGCUCAACAGAUGUCCUCAAGGCCCUCGGCUUGAAAAAGCGUAUGGCCACCGUCUUCCACGCCGUCUCUCCGUCUGUGGCGGGUCAAAUCAUGAAAGUUAAGGAGCUUGUUUCUGUGGAGGAAGUCGAUCGCCGCCUGACGAAGCAGGAAGUGCAUUUGCAGCGCAAGCCCGAUCCUGGCUACUAUGUUGAGAAGAGGGCUGAGCAGGAACGAAGCGAAAUCAAUGCACAGUAA